AUGGCGGAAGGCAGUGAUUCCGCAGGCAUCAGUGGCAACUCAGCAGAGUCUUUACGCAAGGAGGCAGCGAAGAGGAGAGACGGUGAGAUGGCGGUCGAUGGAGGAAGCUCGUGCGCCGCAAAAGAAGCUGGCGAUGGCGCCGAACGUGACGGAAAGAAUGAUGCUCUCGGCUGCUCUCCCCUGGAGAAAGCAGAAGCUUUCAAGACAGAGGGCAAUGAACUCUUUAAACAACACCAAUAUGCGGAGGCAGUCUCCAAGUACUCUGCUGCAAUAGAUACGAUCGAUGAGUCAUCGCUGGACCCCAAAGAAACGCAGCUGCAUGUCUACCUCUGCAACAGGUCGUUCGCGCAUCUAAGAAUGGAAAACUUUGGGUCGGCAAUCAUCGAUGCCGAACGUGCUCUGGAGCUUAACCCAAAGUUUUCAAAGGGGUAUUACCGCCGUGGGACUGGCUACUUCUGCCUGGGGAACCUGAAAGCUGCACAGCGCGAUUUCGAAAGAGUAUGCCAGCUGCGUGGCGGGAAGGAUGCCGAUGCUCUUUCUCGUCUGAACGAGUGCAAGAAGCAGCUUAGAGCUCAGGCGUUUGCAGCGGCAAUUCGUACGAAGCAGACAAUACCUGCGUCGAAGCAGGUUCUGGCUGAGGGUAUAGAGAAGCUAUUUCCAGUCGCGCCGGGCUAUGCAGGGCCCGUCUAUGAGAAGGGAAAAGUUGAUGCAAAGUUCCUUGAAUCUCUUCGCUCGUGGCUGCAAAACCCAGAGAAUCGACUGCACCCGCAGUAUGCUUAUGCAAUGGCGGUAGACUUCAUUGAAAUACUCGAGCCUCUGCCAUCCCUAGUCAACCUGGAAAUCCCCGCAGAUAAGGAAAUUACAGUUUGUGGAGACGUUCACGGACAGUUUUAUGAUUUAAUGCAUAUCUUCACGAUCAACGGAAUGCCCUCUGAAGAUAAUCCGUAUCUCUUCAAUGGAGACAUAGUCGACAGAGGCAGCUUCUCAGUUGAGGUCCUGCUCAUGAUGGUUGCGUGCAAACUGGCUUAUCCGAACCACAUGCACAUUACUCGCGGAAACCACGAGACUUGUGAGAUGAAUGCGAUGUACGGAUUCAAGGGAGAAAUGCUGCACAAGUAUGAUGAGCGUCUCUACCAAAUCUUCAGUGAAGCGUUCCGCUUGUUGCCGCUGGCCUUUGUAGUGAACAACAAAGCAUUUGUAGUUCAUGGAGGUCUAUCUCGUCAGCAAAAUGUAACGCUGGACGACAUACGCAAGAUUGACCGCAACAAGGAGCCAGGAUCUGAUGUGCUGAUGACGGACUUGUUGUGGUCUGACCCUUCUGCACUUCCUGGACUUACACCGUCAAAGAGAGGAGUUGCAUGCCAGUUCGGCCCAGAUAUAACGGCGAAGUUUCUAAAGGACAACAACUUGAGCUUCGUUAUUCGUUCACACGAAAUGAAGGAAGAGGGAUAUGAAGUUGAACAUGGCGGGAAGCUGAUCACUGUGUUUAGCGCUCCAAAUUAUUGCGACGAAAUGGGCAAUAAGGGAGCUUUUAUCAGACUGAAUGGCUCAGAGAUGAAGCCUAAAUUCCACCAGUUCACGGCGGUUGCGCAUCCUCCAGGACCUGCCAUGCAGUAUGCUAAUCCCAUGCUUAGUUUCAUAUAG